AUGACGGACAAGAUAAAGGAAGAGAAUCCGCUCAAUGGCGAUGAAGCCAUCACACUCCCCGAAAGGCCGCAGAGACCGAUGACUUUCUGCCAGAGGUUUUCACAGUUCCUCUCGGUUUACUGGAGAUCUUUGGUCGUGGUGUUCACGCCUUUCCUCCUCCUGCCCGUCUUUCUGCUCAACGAGGGACUGGCCUACAGAUGCAUGUUCGUUGUGCUUCUGAUGUCGGUUUAUUGGGUCACAGAAGCUUUGCCUGUUGCUAUCACAGCUAUGAUGCCAAUGGUCUUGUUUCCAAUAAUGGGUGUCCUAGAAACCGACAGGACUUGUAUGAUGUACUUAAAAGAAACAGUUGUAAUGUUAAUUGGAGGCGUUAUAAUUGCUUUAGCCAUAGAGUAUUCAAAUCUGCACAAAAGAGUGGCUCUCAAGGUAAUCUCACUGAUCGGAUGCAGUCAAAGAAGAUUAAACUUCGGCCUCGUCGCUGUUACCAUGUUCGUGUCGAUGUGGAUUACAAACAUUGCAGCCGUAGCGAUGAUGUGUCCAAUUAUGCAGGCUGUACUGGAAGAACUUGAUGCCCAAGGAUUGUGCAAGAUGUACCUCGACAAGCCACAUAAUACCGUUGAAGAAGGCGAUGUUCAGGAUGAGGCCAGAAAGCCUUCGAAGAUCACCAUUUGCUACUUUUUGGGAGCGGCCUAUGCCUCAACUCUCGGAGGUGCUGGAACUCUAAUCGGCACUUCUACAAAUCUCACGUUCAAAGGUAUUUACGAAAGCCGUUUUCCUGAUGCUCCCAGCCUAGAUUUCCCCAAGUGGAUGUUCUACAAUGUUCCUGGAAUGCUGAUUUACACUAUUCUCACCUGGGCGUAUUUGCAAUGGCUCUUUAUGGGACUCUUCCGUCCCAACAGCCCUGAAGCCAAGGCUUCGCAGCUCGGAAAGGAAGGAGAGGCUGUGGCCAGAUCCGUCAUCGAGAUUCGCUACAAGGAAUUGGGCCCCAUGAGUUCUCACGAAAAGGCUGUGGCUUUCCUCUUCCUUCUCUCGGUCGUGCUCUUCUUCACGCGCGCGCCAGGAUUCAUGACUGGCUGGGCCGAGGCGCUCACGGACAUCAAAGUCAAGGACGCAACGCCGGCGAUCUUCAUCGUGAUUGUGCUGUUCAUCAUCCCGGCCAACUGGAAGUUCCUGAACUACUUCAAGAGCCGCGCCACGGCCGCCAUGCUGCCCAAGACGCCGACUCCUGGUCUCAUCACGUGGAAGUACAUCCACACCAAGGUUCCAUGGAGUCUCAUUUUCCUACUGGGCGGUGGAUUCGCGCUGGCCGAAGGCGGUCGCGAGUCUGGAAUGACAAAACUCAUAGGGAAUUCCCUUUCUGGACUCAAGAGUUUGCCUCCUUUGCUGCUGCUCUUUGUCGUUUGCUUCACCGCGUCCUGCAUUACAGAGUUAACUUCAAAUGUUGCCAUCGCCAAUAUUAUUCUUCCGGUUUUUGCGGAAAUGGCCAUCGCCAUUGAAGUUCAUCCACUCUUUCUAAUGUAUCCAGCCGCUCUCUGUUGCAGCAUGGCCUUCCACAUGCCGGUGGGAACGCCUCCGAACGCGCUUGUUGCCGGGCUCGGUAAUAUCGCCACUAAAGAUAUGGCUAUCGCCGGAAUUGGUCCGACGAUCUUCACGUUGAUCGUCGUGUGGGCCAGUUUUCCCACUUGGGGAGCCGUUGUCUAUCCAGAACUCGCCACUUUCCCUGACUGGGCCAAGGAAGAAAGUCUCGUGGAACAAGUCACCGAGAUAAUCAAUUCCACUCUGACAUAG